AUGGAGUGUCACAAGACAACAGAGCAUACUGUUUACCCCGUAUUCUAUGAUGUGGAACCCUCUGAAGUCCGCAAUCAGAUCGGGGCAGUUGGAGAAGCAUUUGCCAAACAUGAAAAUGAAGAGGUUGCUGGGAAAUGGAGAAAGGCUUUGAAAGAAGUAGCUGAUGUGGCCGGGUGGGAGUUGAAGAACACUGAUGGGCAUGAAGCAAAAUUCAUCCGACAAAUUGUUGAAAAGCUUUCACUAGAGUUACGCGCCAUCAAUGUCCGCAUCGAUAAAAAUUUAGUAGGCAUGGAGACUCGGAUCAACGAUAUUAUAUCAUCUUUAGGAACUGCUUCAGAUGAUGUUCACAUGAUUGGGAUCUGGGGGAUAGGAGGUGGUGGGAAGACGACUUUGGCUAGAGCGAUUUUUAAUAAAAUAUCCUUUCAGUUCGAAGGCAAAAGCUUUAUUGAGAAUGUGAGGGAAGUUUCAAAAGCUUCUUUGAAUUCCUUACAAAGUCAAAUCCCUUUAAAUGGUGGAAAGGUUCUUCUUGUUCUAGAUGAUGUGGAUUGUAUGGACCAGCUUGAGGCGUUAGCUGGUGACCCUAGUUGGUUUAAGCCUGGAAGUAUAAUUAUCAUUACGACAAGAGACGAGCAAGUGUUGGUAGCACAUGGAGUGAAAUUGAUUCAUAAUGUCAAUCUGUUAUCAGAUAAGGAAGCAAUUUGGCUCUUUAGUAGGUAUGCAUUUGGGAAAGAGAUUCCAGUUCAAGGAUACGAAGAGCUAUCAAGACAAGUUGUAUGUUAUGCUGCUGGUCUUCCAUUGACGAUCAAAGUUUUGGGUUCAUUUCUCUGUGGUAAAAGUAAGCCUGAAUGGGUAGAUGCCCUAGCCAGACUAAAAACAAUCCCGUUAGAGGAAACUCAGAAGAAGUUGGAAUUAAGCUAUAUCAGUCUAGAUGAAGAACAUAAGGAAAUAUUCCUGGAUGUUGCAACCAUCUUAAAAGGUUGGCUGAAAAACUCAGCUAUCGGAGCACUUGAAAGCUGUGGAUUUUAUGCUAGAAUUGGUUUAAGAGUUCUUGAGCAAAAGUCUCUCAUAACUAUUGAUGAUGAUGAGUGUUUGGGCAUGCAUGACCAUUUAAAAGAAAUGGGCAGGAAUAUUGUUCGUCGUUCGCACCCCGAUAUGCCUAACAAACAUAGCCGGUUGUGGGAUGGCAAGGAAAUUGAAGAUAUAUUGGCUAAUGACAUGGGUACUGAAGCAACCAGAUGUAUAAAAUUCUACUAUAGGGGACUGGAUCCGCAAAUCACUAUGAAAGGUCUUAGAAAGAUGAAAGAACUUCGUUUUCUUGAUGUGACCGAUGAUAAAUUUUACUCGGAUCCGAAAAUUAAUAAACUCAUCCCAAACUGUCUAAAUGGUUUAGAAGUUGUAUGGUGUAAUUGGAAAUCUAAUAAAGUUAGCCUGUACAUUCCGGAUGCGUUAAGAUAUUUGCGUUGGUACAAUUAUCCUUUUAGGUCUUUACCAAAAUCAUUUCAAGCAAAUAACCUUGUUGCACUUGAGAUGGCUGAAAGCGGUAUCGUACAACUCUGGAAAGGGGGAGAAAAAAAGGUUCUUAACAAGCUCAGAUUCCUUCACCUCAGUGGUCCAAAGUUGAGGUCCCUUGACCUUGGGUUGACUCCAAAUCUUGAGACAUUGACGCUGGUCAAACAUGUACAUGGACCUGGACCUGGUGGUUUGGUAGAACUUCACAUGCCCGGUGAAUGUCUAAAACUCAGAUUUCUUGAACUUGAUCAUGUAAAGUCAAGGAUGUUUGACCUCGGGCUGACUCCAAAUCUUGAAAAGUUGUAUCUAAGACGUGAUUUGGUAGAACUUCACAUGCCUGAUACAUGUCCAAAUCUCAUAUCCCUCCAUUUCAGCUUUUCAAACUUGAGGACCCUUGACAUUGGACGGACUCCGAAUCUCGAGGAUUUAUAUGUGUCCGGUUGUUAUGAUUUGAAAGAACUUCACAUGGCUGAUAAAUGUUUAAAACUCAGAUCCCUCUGCCUUGUUGGUUUAAAGCUGAGGACCCUUGACAUUGGGUCGAGUCCAAAUCUUAAGAGGCUGGAUCUUCAUGGUUGCAAUGAUUUGGAAGAAUUUCUCAUUGCCGAAUGUCCAAUGCUCACAUUCAUCAAGAUUGAGUGUUUAAAGUUGAGGACCCUUGAUCUCAGUCUGGUUCCUAAUCUCAAUAAGUUGUUUCUUUCUGAAUGCAAAGAUUUGGUAGAACUUCACUUGCCUGGUAGAUCUAUAAAUCUCAUCACCCUACAAUGCACUAAUUCAAAGUUAAGGACCCUUGACAUUGGGCUGUCUCCCAAUCUCACUGGAUUAUAUCUUACAGAUUGUUAUGAUUUGGAAGAACUUCAACUGGUCGAUCAAUGUCAAAAGCUUGUAUCCCUCAAAAUUAGUCAUUCAAAGUUGAGGACCCUUGACCUUGGGUUGACUCCAAAUCUCGAGAAGUUAAAUCUUAGAAAAUGUUAUAACUUGGUAGAACUUCAUGCUCCCAUCGGAUGUCUAAAAAAUCUUGUCCACUUAGACUUAAGUGGAUGUUUGGCGUUUAGAUCUUUUUUGUUUUGCUUAACAGAUAAGACUACUGGUCUAGUGAAUGAAUCACUUGAGAUGUUUUCAUGA